GAGGGAGUACAUGCUCAGGGAAACCGAAACCACUAUCUCCACAAGGCAGUUAAUGCGUGGGAGAUCGCCCAUACGCGGAAGGACCCCAAGCCUGGCGAGCCCAAGUACUACGGCAAGAAGACCGCGCAUAGGAAGAAGGCCUACUCCGAUGGGUAUCUGGCGUUACAUCCUGACACACCUGACCCCAUUGCGGCGGAUCUGGACGAAAGGGUGGUGGUGGGCAUGGGGCCGAAGGAGCACGGUCGGGAGGCGAUUCUCGAUGUUGUGAUCACUCCUACUAUCUCCUACACACAGCUCCGUCGGAUCGACCCGACCCUGAGCCAGCGCACGAGCACGCCCAUGAGCAGUGCACCGUCACUGUCCCUCUUUCAGGAGCAGCAAACUGCCUACAUGGAGUACACACGCCAGGAGACCAUGGCGUGGCACGACCGCCUUCAUGCAUACCAUCAGCAGAGGGAUCGCCAGAUGCAGCACGCUUUUAAGGAAAUGGCGGCCGGCAGGUGUCCUCAAUGGCCAUCAGCAGAGGGUCCUCCAGCACAACCAACGUUGCUAACCUUUGAGGAGUUUGUGGCACAGAACGCUGGCCCCUCGUCGGUUAGUUCAUCCCCAAUCUAUUCACUCAAAGCAUAUCAUGCCUUUCAACACAGUCAUAUAUCCCGUUAAUAUGUCUUUUUAACAUCCAGGGAACCGGUGGAUCAACCGUUGGCGGUGGUCUUCGCAGCACUCCCGAGUCACGGAGCCCGACCACUCCGAUCCAUGGAGGCGGAGGCGGAGGUGGAGGCGGUCUUGGCGGUAGCGCUGCCGCUAGCACUGACGACCUGGGCUUCAGCGGUCUUGGCGGUGACGACCUCCGCGGUGCUCGACGCGUCCUGGCGCUUAAGCCUUUUGGUUAUUUGUGUGCUUAUGUAUCUUUAGAUGACUUGUGUGUGGUGAUGAUGAUAAACUUGUGGUCUUUGAUGGUCCUUUAGAUGACUUGCGUGCUUCUUUAUAUGCUUAUGCUUAUCUUUAUGUUGAUUAUGAUGAUGCUUAUGCAUAUAUUGUUGUGAUUGUGACGGAUGAUACUUAGAUGUGUUCUAUAUGUCUAUUUCCAUCAUAUAUAUCUGCUGAUAUGUGCUGUAUAUCUGAAUUGAAUUGAUUUGAAAA